AUGAAUUGCGAACCUAAUAAUUCAUACAAUCCAGAAUCUCAGAUGUCAGUGAAUGAAAAAGAGCUAACUAUUAAUGAACAGGCAAAUAAUGUAAAUUUUCGGAAUUUACUUACUAGUCCAAAACAAACAAGGUUAUUGUUAGGUAAUAUGAGAGAUAUACUCGACCCAUAUUCAAGUGAACAAAAUUCAACAUUAAUUUGCCAUUUCUGUAAUUGUACUACUAUGGGUGAGAGCUAUAUAUUACUGUCUUGUAGACAUCGCCUUCAUUAUUCAUGUGUCCUAAAUAAUAUGUUUAAUUUCUCACCUAACGGUGAAUUUAUGUUCUGUCCUAUAUGCAAUUUUCACUCUGCAAUACUUGAUAAUACGGGAGAACCGAUUGUGAAGCAUCUAGCUAGAAUUCCUAUGAAAGAAAGUUUUGGCUGCCAACCAACAAAGUCAUGUAUAGUAUGCAAAAUUAGGCCACCUUCUACAUUUUGCAUAGAUUGCUGUGACAGUUUUUGUAAAGGAUGUUUAAGAGAUUUUCAUACUAGUACUAUUAGUUUACGAAGUCAUACCAUUCGUCAAGUAGGUAAUGAAGUAGACAACGUUAAGUUAGUACCAAUACCUAACGGAGAGAUGUUUGCAAAGGAGAAAAAGAUUUUAAAUAGGCUUAAUGGACCUGGAAUUGAAGAUGAUACUAAACGAGUUUUAUUCACAAGAGAUCAAAAGACUAAGUCAUUAGCAAUUGAAAACUGCCCUGUUCAUAACUUAGUACCUGCUGAAUAUUUCUGUUUAACAUGUGAGAAUACUUGUUUCUGCGAGACUUGUGCUCUUGGGAUGCAUCGAGAUCACAAAGUAUUAAUGUCAAUAGAUGCUGUAGAAUACAUUAGAGAUGUAUUAAGAGUAUUUCAACAUGUCAUAUUAACUAGGACAGGCGAACUGGAUUCUGUAAGUAGAUCAACAUCCGAAUGGACUACACAGCAACUUCAUCUUAUAGAUGAAGUAAAACCUGUACUUAUUAGUAAUACUACGAAAGCUUGUAAUAUAUUGCAAGCAAAAGUUGAUGAUUUUCGAACUUCGAUACUGAAAGAGUGGUUUGAAAAUGAAGAUAUUGUUGCAAAGGAAAUUGACCAAGCAAAGAUCAUAUAUGAAGAUAUAAAACAGCUAAUUUCACUUAUAUAUAAUGCUAUUGAAGGGAAUGUGGAAUUAGUAAUGAUGAAUUUUUUUAAUGAAAGGUAUAAUGAUAUAAAUAAGUGGCUAGAAAAACCUACAAAAGGGAAAAGUAUGGUUCAUUUUACAGAUCCGAUAUCAUGCCUUGAGAGGGUUAAUAAUGCAACAAAUAAAAUGAAUGAUUUGGCAGCCGAAUUAAAUACUCAACAAACUGCUUUGAAUAAUUUGAAAUGUAUUUUUCAACCUAGGAAAUUUCAAUGCAAUCUUGAAAACGAUAUCAUUGCAUUUGACGAUGAUGGUAUCGAUAUACCAAUAAUGUCAAUCAAGAAGAUAAAUUAUAACUCAAGAAUAACUGAAGUUCAUUCAAAACUUGGAAAGUCUACAUUGCAAAUUAGAAGGGAAAUAUUUAAUGAUGAACAUUUACUUAGGAAGAUAAAGAAAGAAUACCAAAUUUGCAAAGCUGUUUGUUGUGAGAUACUAACAGAUAGUUUAAAUACUAAAAGUACUGAACACUUAAAUUAUGAAAAUUUAGAAGGAGAUCUUUACUGUAUUAGGAACAAUGAGGGAAGUUCCAAUAUUCAUAAAAGUUCAGAAGGAGAUCUUUACUGUAUUAGGAAUGAGGGAAGUUCCAAUAUUCAUAAAAGUUCAGAAGGAGAUCUUUACUGUAUUAGGAAUGAGGGAAGUUCCAAUAUUCAUAAAAGUUCAGAAGGAGAUCUUUACUGUAUUAGGAAUAAUAAGGGAAGUUCCAAUAUUCAUAAAAAUUCAGAAGGAGAUCUUUACUGUAUUAGGAAUAAUAAGGGAAGUUCCAAUAUUCAUAAAAAUUCAGAAGGAGAUCUUUACUGUAUUAGGAAUAAUAAGGGAAGUUCCAAUAUUCAUAAAAAUUCAGAAGGAGAUCUUUACUGUAUUAGGAAUAAUAAGGGAAGUUCCAAUAUUCAUAAAAAUUCAGAAGGAGAUCUUUACUGUAUUAGGAAUAAUAAGGGAAGUUCCAAUAUUCAUAAAAAUUCAGAAGGAGAUCUUUACUGUAUUAGGAAUAAUAAGGGAAGUUCCAAUAUUCAUAAAAAUUCAGAAGGAGAUCUUUACUGUAUUAGGAAUAAUAAGGGAAGUUCCAAUAUUCAUAAAAAUUCAGAAGGAGAUCUUUACUGUAUUAGGAAUAAUAAGGGAAGUUCCAAUAUUCAUAAAAAUUCAGAAGGAGAUCUUUACUGUAUUAGGAAUAAUAAGGGAAGUUCCAAUAUUCAUAAAAAUUCAGAAGGAGAUCUUUACUGUAUUAGGAAUAAUAAGGGAAGUUCCAAUAUUCAUAAAAAUUCAGAAGGAGAUCUUUACUGUAUUAGGAACAAUGAGGGAAGUUCCAAUAUUCAUAAAAAUUCAGAAGGAGAUCUUUACUGUAUUAGGAACAAUGAGGGAAGUUCCAAUAUUCAUAAUGAACAGCCGCAACUUACUCAAAAUGAUGCUAAUCAGAUGAGCCAAAUGGUAACAGAACAUUCGCAGAUGGCUAACUUGGAAUUUAGUGAUGCAAGUAAUCGAUCCCAUAAUAUUUUAACAUCUAAGGGUAAUGAACAUGAAUAUUCAAAUUCAGAUUGGGAUUCUCAAUUUAAUUCCAACUCCUCCAGUUUAAAUUCGAACUUUGACAGCUUAUCUGAUUAUAGUAGUUCUUUAGGUGUGAUACAAGAGAUUUGCUCUGAAUCUACCAAGUUGUGUUCAAUGAUUUUACCGAGAUGUGAUCUAAUUUAUAUUAGAGAUGAAAAUCCCUGUAUAACAAAGGGUAGAUUAAAUUGA